UGUUGGUCAGAAAUUGUUCAUAACGCCCUAUUUCGUGUAUCAGUUGUGGAUACAUUAUAUUUUGAGCCAUAUGUAGCUGUAUCCUUGUAGAUGAAGGCAACGCACAAGACCACACAGAUCGCUCUUUUCUGAAUUCAUUGGAACGAGUGGAAACGAAUUACAGUGUUGGAGCCAAGGCGGAAGUGUGCAGGCGUGAAUCAUCUUGCUUCCACUCGCUGCUUUUGCCCGACUGGCAGCAGCAUCCAGACAAACAAGGGAAUAACGUAACGAUGGACGAAUUGGACGAUGGUGAGGUUCCCCAGGAUCUGGUUCAAUGCAACACCUGCCAGAGAUGUUUCUUCCCUAAAGUCCUGGAAAAACAUUCUAAAAUCUGCCAAAAGUCAGCGACCAAAAAAAGGAAAACGUUUGACUCCAGCAGACAGAGAGCAGAGGGCACAGACAUCCCCACACUUAAACCUAUCAAACCAAAGUACCAAAGUUCAUCCGCUACUGAGAAAGCAGAGCCCCCGAAGAAGCAAUCUAACUGGCGCAAGAAACAUGAGGACUUCAUCGCUGCCAUCCGGGCCGCCAAGGUGGUCACUCAGGUCAUGAAGGACGGGGGACCAUUACCCCCACCUCCUCCUCCUACUUAUGACCCAGACUAUGUUCAGUGUCCGUUCUGUCAGCGGAGGUUCAACGAGAGUGCGGCGGACAGACACAUCAAGUUCUGCCAGGAGCAGGCCGCCCGUAUGCCCAACAAGGGAAAGUUACCGGACGUCAAGAAGCCUCCCAGUCGCACGCAGUUCAAACCUCCUGCUACUGUAAAGAAGACCAACUCUCCUGCUGUGUCGGCCAUCCCAUCAGGCUCCUCUCGUUUACCCCAGAGAUCAGCUCUUGGACAGCCCUCUGGAAUCCCCUCUAGUAAGGUCUCUUCUGCAGUUUCAGUGAGGAGUAAUUCCUCCGGCCUCUCAAGUCCUCCAUCAGGUGCGGGAACAAAGACGCGAGCAGUGAGCUCUGGCUUCGGUUCUGUGAGGAACACUCCUUCUGGAGUAGGACUCAACAAGAGGAAAGUAGACACCCAUAUAUCUAGGAACGACGUCGACGGCGGGAACGAAGUGAACAACGGUGGGGUGAAGAGCAAGUUCUGUCACGAUUGCGGGACCAAAUAUCCCGUGGAAUCGGCCAAAUUCUGCUGCGAGUGCGGGGUCAGGAGGAUGUGCGUCUGACGGCCGUCAGCGGAAGGACGAAGUAGCGGAAAGUAGGGACACACCGGUACUCGAGAUCGCAUCAGAGACUUUCACUAAAAACUCCCCAUGAGUUGUACACCCAUCCAUUAAACCCCGGGUUUUGUUUCACAGUAGUAAAGGAAUCAGCAGACAGCCCUGCAGUGCUGUUGGGCUUUUCUUCUUAUUGCUGUAAGGACAAAAAUACAGUUAAGGUGAAUUCAAAUAAAGCUAUUCAGGCUAGGGUUAGGGAUGGUACGUAAUAUCACAUUGCUGAAUUCUGCCCUUUUUCCUUAAACAAAUAUAAUAACUUAUCUGACAUAAAAACUCAUGACAUCAGUUCCUGAUAUGACUGGAAUAACCCAAGGUGCUCAUUUAUUGUAAUUAGCCUUUCUUUUUUUUUUUGUCCUUUAACCUCUGGAUUGACCCAUGACGUCGCUGCUGUUUCCACCAGCUCAUAAACGUUGUUGCUGUGAAGAUAGAGGGUAAUGGAGGGAUUCAUAGUUUGUAAUGACCAAAACAAGAAAAAAUCCAGUUCUUCUUUUUUUGGUCAUGGGAAGUACUGGGGUCUUUGUUGGUAUUAUUGUAAGCCCUUUAAUUUUAUUGUCACCUCGGCAAUAAUGAGAAGCGCCCUGUAGAGCUGAGUCACUAUCCGCAAUUACAGCCCUGCGUCGUUACGAGAGUGCAGAGAAGAGAGGAGUGUUUGUACGAGCUACAGGGUGGGUUGUAAAAUGUGAAAAGGAAGGUAAAGGGAAAGUGCUGGAAGAAUCAUUAGAGGUGGGUGUGAUUGUAUCCCUGUAUCUGACUCCCCAGUCAACCGUGAUUCGAAAUGCAUCCCUUAAUCCCACCGGCCUCCACUACCUUACAAACACUCUGUUCCUAUUGAAGUGCAAUAGCAUUGACUACUGAAGAAAACGGCGUGUUCCUCUUAAAGGAAAAGUUUUUUGUGAAUAUGGGAUAUCACUCGGUUAGACAGGGACCAGUCGAAAAAAAAUGAACUACCUGUUCAAAGGUCAGUGCUCCCCAUUCACCGGUGGCCUCUUCACAGGUGACGUUUGCUUCCAGCUCUCACAGUGCUGCCGUCACAUGCUGGUCGUUUUCGAGACAAAUGUAGCAUCAACUCCCUUUUAUGUCCCUUUUUAAUCCCCAUCUCAUUUUAUGGAAUGAAAUGAGCUAUUUAUUUUCUUACUACCUUUCAUUUUCACCAAAUGAAUAAUGGCUGCAUCUUUUGUUAAGAAUUAAAAUGUGUUCUUGUUUGAAUUUGUAUGAAACCUAACUGCAUCUCUUUUUUUUCUUCCCGUUUUUCCUUGAAAGUCUUUCUCUUGAGUCGGCAUUCUGUGAAUUAAGGUAUUUGGGAUCAAAAGUACGGAAACACUACAGUCAUUUUAAAUGCUCUGUAUGGUUAUGGUUGAUCUUCCUGCUCGAUGUAAAAGACACUCUACGGCCCACACAGUUUAUUUACAGGUGGGACAGAGGCGCACACUUAAUAUUCAAUAACCGUCGAAAAUCAUAUCAUGCAUUCUACAGUUAUUAGGUAUAAUAAUCUCAGCAAAGCAUUUGUUUCAUUUUCAAAAAUGAAAAAAAUAUAUAUAAAUGGCACAUAUCAGGAAAUAUUUAAACAAACUGGACAGAUGUGUUACUGUACUGAAUACAACACUUACUCGCCUGCAUACAGUUGUGCACUUAAUGCCAUGUUCUGUGUAUUCACCAUCAAUAAACGUCCAUGAAGACGACAGUUA